AAUAUUCAUUUAGUUUUAUUUUUGUACAAAAUAAGAACAAAAAUAGGAAAAAAAUUGUUUUGUUGUCAUCCCUAGUCUCCAAGGUAUCGAUACGGCCAGCCUCGGUUUGACAUCAUACAAGCUUCGAAUCCUCAGAGUGUUUUGAGGUCGACAUGGCGACCAGUCAUGGAAUAACGGUAGUAAAAAACCUCUGCUAUACUGCUCCCAGAAAACCAAAAACUAAACUACCAGCCACUGAAAAUGAAAGAACGGACCGAGGUAUUUCUUUGGAGCAUUCAGAUGGCGAAGAAAGGCCAACGUCUUCGCGUAGUCGAGGAACUAAAGUCCACACUCCGAAGGCCAUGAUGGAAUCUUUGAAAGAACUCCAAGGCAUGGAUGAAAAAGAUUUUUAUCGACAUUUAUUAGCGUUAAAGAAGGAACAUAAGAAGACUUUAAAGACAGUAGAAAAGGCGUAUUAUUCAGAGCUCGGAAAGCAGAGUUCAGGUUUUGAUUUAGACGAAAACACCCGUAUCAGCAUGGAGGACGGAGAGCAGAUGAAAAAGUUUGCUACUGAAAAAUAUAUUCGAGAUGAUUACGAUCCUUAUGAAGUAGGAUAUCAAGAAUUACUUGAGAGUGAUUUAUUACCUGCUACAGACCUUGUACGAGAUAUGUCUACCAGGCAACAAGAAGAGGAUAAAGAAAACCAAGGUUCACCAGACGAUGACAGACAARACCGAAGACGAUCCCAUAGUGACCUUAGUGACAAUGACAGUUGGUCAGAAGAAGAACUAGACCUCCCUAAGAAACGACCCCAGAGCAGGGAUGGACGGGUGCUAUACAAAGAAAUGCUUCCCAAUAGAUCAAGUGCACUGGAUACCGUGGAAAGCUUAUGGCAGGAUUUCUCAGUAUAUGACUACCCCAGAGAUCCAUCCAGUCCUCCUAAAGCCUCCGAACCACUCGACACCUGGUCACCCUGUAUAACAAUACCCAAACCAUUCACCAUGACAAUCAGAGAAGCCAGGAAAUCAAAAGAAAAGAAAACCAGAUCUCAGAGACUUUUGGAAGAAGAAUUAAAACUGAAAAAGGAAAAGGAGGAGUCGGAAUUGCAGAAAAAAUUCCGCUCCCAGCCUGUUCCCGCUACGACUUUCUUACCAUUAUACGACGAGAUCACAAGACAGAAUGAAAUUCGAAGACAGUACGUGAAGGAAACAAGUAAAGCACUUUUGAAGUCGACCGAGAAGCCGUUUAGUUUCGUUAAAAGAGAGGAACAAAAGCGUUCUUUAACAAGAUCGAAAUCUCUGAGCAGCCUAUCGGACUUGACUCCGAAAAAAGAGAAAAAGAUCUUCAAAGCAAAUCCCUUUCCAGCUCACUUGUUUGACUUAACCUUGGCAGAUAAACUGGCAGAACAGGAUGAGUAUCGAACCAUUAAGGUCAGAAUGCGAGCUGAAGAAACUCUUGCCAACUCUCGUCUUCCAAUGAACAUGGAAGGGCGUGGCAGAAAGUACACGAUCGGCAAGUUGCGCAACAAGGCUAUGAAAGAGAAGGAAAAGAAAGCGUUCAUGACCAAAGAUCACACCUUCAGACCACAAAUCAACCAAGAAAUACCUGACUUCGAUAAUCUACAAUUUCAGUUUGACAAAGAAUUGAGAAAGAAGAAGAAAGAAAGGGAACCAACUGUGGUAGAGCCCUUCAACCUCCGUACGACAGCCUUAUCGAGCAUGCGCAAAUCACGUACUCUAGAGAGGAGUUCUGCGGAUGGCCGCCUGUGGUCAAGAAGAAGAUCAGGCAGUAGAGAAAGACCUAGUAGUGCCAGAUCUUUGAGUAGAGAAACACCUUCAAGUGGUAGAGCAAGCAGUAGGGAGCGACCAGCAAGCGCUUCGUUCUCUUAUUCAUCAGACAUCCUUCCUUACGGCACCACAGAAUCAGCUCGCCUACGAGACAGCAAGAUUCGUCAGAGCCUUGAGGAAAAACGCGCAAAAGAAACMGAAGAGCUCAAAGAAAAACGAAGAAAAGAACAAAGACUCAAGCAACUUCGUUCAGUGGUAUCUCGAAAAGCAAUGGCUAAUGAUAACAGCUGGCAGCUUAGGAAGACUUCUGAUGUGAAGAUCAAGAGCUUCAGGGAAGCCGACAAGGCUCGCAGAGAAGAGUACCAGCAAGAACUGGAGGAGAUUCAAGGUCGUGUAGAGAAGAGACCGCUGUUGUUCGAACGUCAAUCUCAGCUGAACGCAAAACGAUGCGCGGAAAGAAAAUACGAAGACAUCCUAAGAAGCGCAGGCGUGGACGAGCAACUUGUAAGAAGCCUGGUGACCAAGGAUGGAAAGAUCAUUGACGCAGAGAGUGAAGAUGAGCUUAGUGAUAGCGAUACUGAACAUUAUACCACGGGAUCUUUAUCUAAAGAUCCUCGGGAAUCCCGCAAAGACGACGAUAGUGAAAUCGACGAAGACAUAGMGUAUGACUCGUGAUGAUUUGCCCAAGUUUUAAUUAUUUAGUCUAUAUUUAUAAUUAUAAGAUAUUUAACUAUCAGAUAGAGAAAAAAAUGAAGUCUUUGGAACACGGUACCAMAUUUUUUUACCAGUCAAAGCUGUCAGCGUUUGUCCGUACCCCUCCCCCAGGGGUUUUCAGUCGUCUCCCUUUUAUCCCUCUUAUAGACGGCUUGGCUGGGGCUUAAGAGGAAAGAGUUUUUUUGUGGAGGUUAAAGUUUUUUAUUUUGACGAGAGCUAGUUCCUUGUUGAGUUAAUAAGGGGGUCGUGAAUUAAAAGAGAGAUGGCUACAACCGUUUGUAAAAAAAUGAUUUCGAAGCCCCCAGCCCUCCCCCCAGUAAAAAACUUAACUUCCCUUACGAAAGUUAUCUUGUAAAUGAUAACUAAUGUGGUACCGUGUUUCAUUCCUUCCUCCYCCC